CGCACCAAUCGUUUUACAACAGCUUGACCUUCAAGUGCUCAGCAACCUCCAAAGUGUACGAUACCCUUGGAGUGUUGCCGUUUUUUGUAACAGGAUGAAUAAGGUUAUGUACAAUCCAGGACGUAUUCAACUGUUCAAUCUACUGAACGGAAUAUUAUGCGUUUAUAAAUCACCUGGGUUGAAUGUUGAAAAAUUAACCAGAAAUGUGAAAUGCUCAUUGGCAGAUGGUUUGUCACAAUAUAAAAUCAAUUGUUCUUUUUCCUAAUAGCUUUUAAUUCACUUCCAGCUGAAAAACAGUCGAUCAGAACGAUCAUUCAGACAUCCGGUGAUGUCAACUGUACUCUACCAAAAAUAAUUACAGAACCUGAUAUUGUGGAUAGUGAUCUUGGUACUUGAGUAAUGUAUUUCAUUUAUUUAUUUAUCUAAUUCAAGUAUUGGGUAAACGUUUUCUUCCAGGAGAUAUUAUGUUAUAUCCUAUUGAUCCCCUUAGUGAUUUUAUGUCUGGUGUGCAAGUCUAUGGUAUUGGAGAAGAUGGUAUUUACAAUUAUGCUGAUAAGUUCGAACAAUCUUCUUGGCUUAAAACCUAUCACUUAACAUGCAUGAUGGGACGUGCAUCAACUGAUGGAACAGCCAAUAGUACAACAUUACUAAGAGCUUCAUGGAGACAUGUUCAAAAAUGCAAAAUAGAUCAGGUUCUUGUUGGACUACAAGCUCAAUUCAAUGCUUCUGGAUUAUUACAAGCAGGACUUCGUCCUAAUUCACAAAACGCAUAUCUAGCACUGUGUGGUCGUAGAGCUGGCAGUGAUCUUCGUCCGGUAAAACCCACACACGGCGUAGACGAUUAUGAAGGAGAGGAACAGUUACUUUCACCAUGGGAACGUCCAAUGCCAGAUGAAAAUCGAAAUCCCGAAACACUACCUAAUCGUAAGUAUGAGUGGGAAGAAGAAAGAAGGCAAAUGGCACCUUAUGUAAAUGCGAUUUGUUGUGUGGAUUUUGAUCCUCCGUUUUUUACAAUUGAAAUUCAAGUUACACAUGAAACAUUGAAAUUUUUCAUUGAUUUAGUUGCUAAUCUUGGUCCAAAAUUACGUACAGCUACUUUAUUAUCAAAAGUUAGACGAAUUAGACAUGGACCAAUCACAGCGGAAAAUUCAUUACUUAUGAAACAUUUACAUAAUAUACCAAUUGAAUUUUAUCAUGAAUUUAUUCAAUGUAUCAAUGAUCUAUUAAUACAAUAUAAAAAACAUGAUAAAAAUUUAUCUCUACCAUUAGAAAUAGAUUUUAUAGAAGAUUUGAACUUAUUAAAACAUUUAAUAAAUCGUACACAAGGUAAAUAUGGUUAUCAUGUAUUUGAGAAUUUAUUUCAAUGUAAUCAAUUAUAUUCAAUAGGAUAUGAAUGUACUAAACAAUAUAAAUAUCGUAUGAUUCCAAUAAAUUCUUAAUUAUUAUUAAUGAUUAUUAUUUGUAUAUUCCUACAAUGUGUACCAUAAUGUUUCACUGUAUUAAUUGUAUAUAAAUUUCAUGUAUUAUAACUUUCUGUUUAUGAAAAUCAUCAUUUUAAGAAAAAAUGUUAGGUAAACUCA